CAACACUGUUCUGCUGUGAAACUCCAAAAAUGUUCUGUGGGCUGCGAAAUGAGUGAAUUUUUAUUUUUGGGUGUACCUAUCAUUUAAGUGUCCAUAGCUCAAUGUCUGAAACCAAUUGUGUCCAUUUAUUUAUGAUUGUUUAUUAUUUUACUUUUCUGCAUAACUUGGGGUGUCAUUACUCUAUCUAAUUACUGUUCUCAUUAUUUCAUAAUUAUUACAUAUCACUCGUCAUGACUUUACAGAGCAUGCAGCUCAGUAACUGCCAGAUACCAGAGGGAACAUCUCUUCGUGGCCACGUGGGGGCGCUGUCCUCCACCUCUUCUCUCAGCCCGAGCCUGAGUGUGUGCCCUGCUAUUUCAGAAACAUGUGACACAGAGACCCUGUGGUGGUCUCCACACGCCCUCCUGCAGUCUUGCGCAGAGAAACCCUCUCCUGCACUCUCCUCUGGUCACUAACAGUUCGGGUGUUGACUGCCGUGCGUCGUUGUGCUUGUCGCCUGAGAGGCCGCAGAGCACUGACGCUGGCACAGCGCCCACUGCAGUCUGCGCACCGCACUCUGCACGUCACGCCUCACAGCCUCCCACUUUAAUUGGCUCCGCGCGCGCCCUACAGCGGAGGGCUCACCUGUUUUAAUUGGACCGUCGCUACAAGUUGCCCGAGUGACGUCGACGACACUUCCAAGGCGUCGUCGGGACAUCUGAUUUUAACCGAGGAGCGUAAUUUUGGGAGGCGGACCGAGGACUGCAGCCGCAGCAGCAGCAGCAGCAGCAGCGGAUCACCAGGCCGACGAGGCGAAGUGAGGAGUGAGCACAGGCAUCUGAGCCUGUGGAUGGAUGCGGGACAGAGAAAUGGACCAGCGGUAACAGCCUGAGAUUAAACAAAAAACAAAACAAAAAAGAUAACAAAUGAUUUGGAUGCAUCCGCUUCAUCGUCGAGCCUCUAGUUGCACAGGAGAGCGCGGACACUGACUUUCUUCCACAACUCCAGGAAUCGGCUGUUCCAUCCUCUUGUUCUCGGCGCAGACUGGCGCGUUGACACCAUCCGAACUGAAGCCUCGUUUCUGCGCUGCGCCCCAGCGUUUCGGAGCCAUGGGUUGUACGGUGAGCGCCGAGGAUAAGGCUGCGGCGGAGAGGUCAAAGAUGAUUGACAAAAACCUCCGAGAGGACGGAGAGAAGGCGGCCAGAGAAGUGAAACUGCUCCUGUUGGGUGCCGGGGAGUCCGGGAAGAGCACCAUUGUAAAGCAGAUGAAGAUCAUACAUGAAGACGGCUACUCUGAAGACGAGUGUAAGCAGUACCGAGCAGUGGUUUACAGUAAUACCAUCCAGUCUAUUAUGGCCAUUGUUAAAGCCAUGGCCAGUCUCAAGAUAGACUACAGCAACCCCUCCAGAGUGGACGAUGCCCAGCAGCUCUUCGCCCUGUCUGCAGCUGCCGAGGAGCAGGGCAUCCUUCCCGACGACCUGGCCAACGUGAUCAGGCGACUGUGGGGCGACAGCGGCAUACAGAGCUGCUUCACGCGGUCGCGAGAGUACCAGCUCAACGACUCCGCUGCAUACUACCUGAACGACCUGGAGAGGAUAGCUAAAGCAGAUUACAUCCCCACACAGCAGGACGUGCUGCGGACCCGGGUCAAGACCACCGGCAUUGUGGAGACUCACUUCACCUUCAAGGAGCUGCACUUCAAAAUGUUCGAUGUGGGAGGCCAGCGCUCGGAGAGGAAGAAGUGGAUCCACUGUUUCGAAGGAGUCACAGCCAUUAUUUUCUGCGUCGCACUGAGCGCUUAUGACCUGGUGCUGGCCGAGGAUGAGGAGAUGAACCGGAUGCAUGAGAGCAUGAAGCUUUUCGACUCCAUCUGCAACAACAAGUGGUUCACUGAGACCUCCAUCAUCCUCUUCCUCAACAAGAAGGAUCUCUUCGAGGAGAAGAUCACCCGCAGCCCCCUCACCAUCUGCUACCCAGAAUAUGCAGGAGCCAACAAGUUUGAUGAAGCAGCCAGCUACAUUCAGACCAAGUUUGAGGACCUGAACAAGAAAAAGGACACAAAAGAGAUCUACACCCACUUCACCUGUGCCACCGACACCAAGAACGUGCAGUUCGUCUUCGAUGCCGUCACCGACGUCAUAAUAAAGAACAACCUGAAGGACUGCGGUCUUUUCUAAAGGAACAAAAACGGAGACGGCGCACAGAGACUGCAUGAGAGACUGCAACAGCCAUGUGAUGAUUACUGCUUUUCAUAAUGAAAACCAUAACAGACUCGAUUCCUAGAGGUGAAACCUUAAAGAACUUCAACAAUCGCUGAUCUGCAACCAUCACAUUUUCCAUCAAUCGUGUUAUUAUUUUUUAUAUAUAUAUAUAUAUAUAUAUAUUUCUUACUGCUCUGGAUCAGGGGUUCUCAUACUACUCAUACUGAACACCUGUGAACGGAUGUUUGACCACAGACCCUGUUAGCGGACGAGAAUCAUGACCACCGGACGUUCGCCAGAGAAUAUUUGUUUUUAAAUUAAGAUUUGUUACAUAAAUGAUAUUAUCCGACUGGCUUAGGUGGAAAAUAAUAAUAAUAAUAAUAAUAAUAAUAACAAUAAUCCAUCAUCUUUGUCAUGUCACAUUCAACAUUCAAGUAUUUUUCAUCCUCAAUAAGCCUUUAAGGCCCAGUUUAAAAACCACGUUAAAACAGUAGUUGUUAGAACAAGAAGAAGAAAAAGAAGAUGACGAUGAUGAUGGUAAUGAUGAUGAUGAUGAUACAAGUUAUUGAUUUGAUGGGUCUCAUUUUUUGUAUUCAGUUCUCUUGAGUUGUGUGUUUUUUUAUUUGACUUCACCAUUUUGCUUUGGGACUUUAAUAAGAGAAUACAGUGCAAAAUAAAAUUUAAAAAAAAAGAACAACUUUUUAUAAAAUUCACAUUAACUUAUGUUAACUAAUGUUGGCAUUUUAUGAACCUUUUGACUGCACAGAGCUUAUUUUUCGAAGAAAAAAAAACAAACAAGCAUGGAGAAUGAAAACGGAUGGAGGGAAAAUGUUUUUUUGUACAAUGUUUACACGGAAUCAAUCAGUAAUCACAGUUGUACUAUAGUGCAUUGUUCUGCAUGACUGUCCAUAGAUUAGCUUGUAUCCCACGCGAACUGAAUAACAUUCCUUAAGUAACUUCUUUCAAGAAACAAAAACUGAAAUGGUAAUGUGUCACUUUUAAGAUUUCUGCAAGGUUUUUAAGUGGUUCUGUCUGUUCCAAAAUGGAUUGUUCUGUACUGUUUGUUUCAUUCCGAGUCUUUUUACAUAUGUUUGUGCCUUGAUAUCUGUUUACACUUGUUCUUUAGAGACAUGCUAUCUUCAUAGUGUGAAUUAGGGCUAUUUCUACUCUACUUCAGUUCACAUAACCCAUGAUUUAAAGAUGCACCGUAACACCGAGACAAAUGGAUGAUGAUAACUGUUCAUUAAUAUUAAGAUAAUAGUCAUUCACUUGUUAAAUGUAAAUAAAAGUUUGGUCACAUGA